CAGAGCUAGGCGCAGCUGAAAAUGGCCUGUUGCAAGGAGAAGGAUCUCUACGAUGGCGGCGGCGAUUGCGUCAGCCAGCCCAUUGACCUGCAUCCGACGUCCGCGUGUCCGGCGCCCUUGAUCUGCCCGCCGCCGCCCGAAAUGGGUCCCAUACGGCGCCGCAAGUGGGACCCGAUGCCCGUGGGCCUUGCGCCCCCGACAGAGGACGAGCAGCGACAGAUGCAGGAGUAUCUGAAGAAGGUGGUUGAGGAGCCCGCCCAGGCCCAUCACCAGGUGCAGCACGACCUGCAAGCGGCAGUCGAUAAUCAGCAACAGCAGCUGCUGGACAUCAAGCAGGAGCAGGCCAAAAGGGCGCCCAUCAAAACGGAGGAGAUUCAAUUUGCACGCUCCAUUAACCCCGAUGCAGAUAAUCUACAGAAUCCGCCGUGCUAUCUGCCCCAGCCGGGCGACGAUUUGCCCCAGAAGGACUCGAUGACUCCGAUGGGACCGAUUGGUCCUUGGGCCACGGGCAAAGUCGACUGGAGCCCGAUGGCGGGUCUGACGGGCACUCGGCCGGUCGUCGAUAGAUAUUCGAUAACACGUUUCAGCUCGAAUGAAUGGCGUGCCAAAAAUCAACAGACCGUUCAACACGUCAACUCUGUGCUGGAUAAGGCCGAUAAGAAUCGCUUUAGCUCUACCACCGAGUAUCAGCGUCUGACUGCCAUGGUGACCAAGACCCAGAACGAGACGACCGAGAAGCUGAGGCAACGCGCUCAGGUGAUCUGCAAGUGGAAGAGUACGCUGGAGAAUGCGAUCAAGGCGAUGACGGAUGAGAUCUUUAUGGUGGACCAGGAGCGCAAUAGACUGCGCAAGGCGGUGGUGGUGCUGGGCGUGCCCGAGUCGAUUGUCAAGGAGUGCAUCGAGAAGCGCUGCGGUCGACCGGAUACGGAGCUGGUGCGCGACCAGACGGAGGAGGAGCUGGUGAAUGAGCUGGCGCUGAUAGCCGAGAUCAGGCGAAACUUGCUGAAGACAAUGGAGGACUUUGUGGCCCAGCAGAUGGAGAAUCGCGCGGCCAAGCAGCGGCUCGAGUUUGACUGGAGCGACAAGCAGGAGUCCUACGACAUAGACACCAUCAAUUUGGGCCUGGAUAAUAACUCACGCACCAUCAUGUUCCACAUGGGUGCAGUGCGUCAGCCGAUCGAACAGUCCUCGGAGCAGUACUGGGAGCACUUCAGCCUGGAGACGCUGGAGGAGUGCGAGAAGUGCCGCCAGAGAUCGGCCGACCUGCGCAGCACCCUGAACGCCAUCCUGCUGAAUGGCGCCCGGGACAUACGCACCCAGGCGGACGUCGUCGAAAAGUCGCUCACCGCGCGCAUCAACUGCACCCAGGAGGCGGUGAAGCGCUUCGAGAACGAUCUGCACCGCGUGCUGCAGGACCUGGCCGACACCGAGACCCGCAUAGAGCAGCUGCACGGUCGCAUUCGCAGCUUCGAUGCGGCCAUGAAGGUCGCCCAGACGCGCAUGCACAACCGCAGCUUCCGGCCGAACGUGGAGAGUUGUCGCGACGUCGCCCAGCAGCGCCUCAUCGACGAGGUGCACACCAUUCAGAGCAGCGUCACGGCCAUGCUGCACGAGCUCACCGCGGCCGAGGAGACGAAGGAGGCGCUCGUCGGUGUGCGCAGCACGCUGGAGCGUGAGAUCAUGCUGAAGCGACGCACUCUCUUCGUGGACAGGGAUCGCUGCAUGCUCCUGCGCUCCCAUUACCCAUCCGCAGAUGCUCUGACCGGAAAUGACGAGUUCUAAGUGUGUAAAUAUAUUUACACACACAUAUAUAUUCAUAUAGAUUUACAAUUUUAUACAGAUCUUCAAGAGAGAUCAACAUUACUCUAAAUUUAUUGUCCCAAAUUUUAAGUCUUAAGCCAAUGUAUGUAGCCAGAGCUAGCAAAAAGUCAAAUAAAAAUUUGA